CAGCAGGGACUGGAUUGGCAGAAAACAAUCGGGAAACAUAAAACUCGUCCCGACCUGCAUUGUGUAGCUUGAUAGAACGUCGACUUGGUGCAAAAUCGCAGGAUCAGCAGAUGCAAUUUGACGUGGUGUGUGCAGUUUACACAUGCAUUUUGCAAAAGAGGGAAUCCCGCAAGCUUCACGAUCCAAGAUAGAGACACGAUAGCUUGUCAGUGUACGACUGCACGUAGGAGGCGCGUGUUCAUCCGGAGCAGUCUGCGCUGCAUAAAUUCCUGAGGAAUACUCCGAAUUAAAAAGCCGGUGAGACGAUUUUUCUUUGCUGCGUUGUUGCAUCAUUUUCCUGUUGGCCCUUCAAGUCAAUCAGUCUUGACACUCUAAUAGUGCCAGAAUCGAUGAUACAUCAUUCAAGAUGGAUCAAACUCCAGAGAAAGAGUUUAAGGCAAGGCCUUAUCAAAUAUAUUUGUACGAAAAAACCAUUGAACAGAACAGUAUUCUGUACUUGCCAACUGGCAGCGGUAAAACGUAUAUAGCAGUUUUACUAGUGAAAAGGUUGAGUGGAGAUGUUCAGAGACAAUAUACAGAAGGUGGUAAGAGGACAAUAUUCAUUGUCAAUACUGUGGCAUUAGUGGUACAGCAGACAGCUUUUCUAACUCGGCAUACAGGCUUGGUUUGCAAAGGAUACAGCGGAGACAUGGGAGUAGAUUUUUGGUCAAAAGAAGAAUGGCGCAAAGAAAUUAAUACAAAUCAGGUUUUGGUCAUGACUGCACAAAUAUUUUUGAACCUUUUAACACAUGGAUAUAUAUCAUUGGAUAAAAUAAAUUUACUUAUUUUUGAUGAAUGUCAUCGAGCUGUGAAAGAUCAUCCGAUGAGACAGAUAAUGCAAAGAUUUCAAGAUUAUCCUAAAGAAAAGCUACCUAGGGUACUAGCCAUGUCUGCUUCAUUACUCAAUGCUAAUGUGCCAUUAGGUAAAAUUGAAACAACUCUGCGGGAAUUAGAAGUUACAUUCCAAGCAAAGAUUAUCACAGUUGAGUCAUUAGCUUACGUUACAGAUUAUGCUACGAAUCCAAAAGAAUUUGUGGAAUAUUAUGAGACCCCACACAAAAUCAGUCUACUGAAUGAAAUAUCUGCUAUUGUAGAGUACGCUUCAUCUAUUUUAAAACAAGUUGUUUUACCCAAUAGAAUGGAAAAUCCAGAAAGCAGUAUGAUUUUUAAACCUGUUUCUAAAACUAUAAAAUUAAAUAGAAUAUUGAGUGAUGUUGAAGAACACCUCACAGACAUGGGUUUGUAUGGUGGAAGUGAAAGUGUGCUACAGCACAUUAUACAACUAGAAUGCCUCAAAAGAUUUGGAGAUGAAAAAGAAGCUAUUGCAAUGUUUGACUUUAUAAUAACACAAUUAGUGAAAAUACAAAAACUAUUGAGUGAUGCAAUGAAUGAAGUGCAAUUGCCUGAUACUAUUCAGAGAUUUUCAUCAUCAAAAGUACUUAAGCUUAUGGAAGUUUUAAAAACUUUUUAUAAUAAUAUGGAAAAUAAAAGAAACUUCUGCUGCAUUAUUUUUGUGAAAAGACGUUUCACUGCCAAAGUCUUGUACCAACUUUUAUCGAAAUUAAGUUCUUGCGAUGAGGAUUUCCAAUUUUUAAAACCUCAGUAUAUGGUUGGUUACAGCAAUAAUCCUUAUAAAAAUGCUAGAGAAACGGUGUGUAUUGCUAAAUGGAAUGAUGAAGUUCUUACAAAAUUUAGAAAUGGCGUAGCCAAUUGUGUAGUAGCUACAGAUGUUGUUGAUGAAGGUGUGGAUAUACCUUCAUGUACAUUAAUUGUACGUUACUAUGCUCCAAUGGACUUCCGGGCCUAUAUACAAAGUAAAGGAAGGGCCCGCCAUUCAACAAGUCACUUUAUCAUUCUGGCUUCCAGUGAAGAUGAUUACAUCAGUCGAUAUCGCUCCUUCCAACAAACGGAACGAUUCUUAAGACAGGCUUUGCAUGGUAAAUCUGAUUAUCGUAUAAAACCUUCAAAUAAUGAUGUUGAUGCACUUCUAUAUCAAUACGUUAUACAGCCAUAUAUCGUAAAAGAUGCAAAUGGAACCAUAAGUGUAAUAACUGAGCAAUCAGCCAUAUCUCUUAUUAACGAAUAUUGUGCAAAUCUCGUUAAAUCUAAAUUCAUUAUGUUAACACCAACAUGGGUCAAAGAAGAUGUUAGUCCGUCAGCCUAUAGGGUUCUAUUAACUCUACCUCCAAUAUCUCCUUUAAACGACACUAUUAUUGGGGAUGUCAUGCAAUCAGUAGACAUUGCUAAAAGAUCAGCUGCUUUGAAAGCGUGUAUUAAAUUAUAUGAAAUAGGCGAAUUAAACGAUCAUUUAAAGCCUAGAAAACCUGAAGACAUUGAGUUGCAUACCAAACAUUUGUUUCCGUAUUAUGUAGCUGAUAAAGACACUACAGAUGGUAUGCCUGGAACAAACUCGAAAAAGCGACACCAUGAGUUAAUCUAUCCAGAAGCAUUAUGCUCAGCUUUUCCAAAGCCAAAUGAGUCGCUGUAUUUGCAUAUCAUUGAUAUGAAACCGAAUUAUCCGAGGCCAAAUGACAAUAGGCAUUUGGUUUUUUACAAUUUAUUGUCCAAUUCACAGACUUAUGGUAUACUUUCGGCAAAAAAAAUACCGGAAAUUCCGAGUUUCCCAAUAUUUAUGAAUAUCGGUGAUUUACAAAUAAAUAUCAAAAGUAAUAAUCAGUUAAAAUCUUUGACUGAAAUGGAAAUCGAGCAACUCAAAUUGUUCCACACGUUAGUAUUUAGCAAAAUUUUAAAAGUGAUAAAAGAGUUUAUGAUUUUCGAUGCUAGCAAUAUGGAAAAUAACUUUUUGGUUGUCCCCAUAAACGAAAGGGGACAAAUUAACUGGGAUAUUGUUAAUCGUUACAAAAUCAUUGCAUCUAUAUCGCCAAGUGAAAACCUAGUGGUAAAAGAAUCGGAGUAUGAUUUGGCACUUGUCACUCCGAAUUAUAGGGCAUCAAACAUGUACAUCGUCACUCAAGUUUGUGAAUAUUUAAAGGCUGAGUCAAGUUUUCCAACAUCAGAUUAUAAUUCUUAUGUACAUUACUUUAAAGAAAGGCAUUACAUAGAAAUAAAGAAUCCAGCACAACCUAUGCUUGAAGUUAAACCAAUUUCUAGCAAAAUUAAUUGUACAAAACCAAGAAGUAUAAAAGCUAAUUUGAGUAAGAGAAAACGUGCAAGUCUCACUGAAGAUUUCGAGGAACAUUUGGUACCAGAACUUUGUGAUAGGAUUGAUUUUCCUUCUCUGUAUUGGCUCAAGGCAACAACGCUUCCAUCAAUCUUACACAGAAUUUCUCAAUUGAUUGCUGCAGAAGAAUUAAGAGUCAAAAUUGCUCAUGAAGCGCAGCUUCACAUCAGUAGUUUAGAAGCAGGAAAAAAGUGGGAACCCAUGCAAAUUGUAGAUCAAUUUUCACAAAAUUCUGAAUCAAAUAGUGAUACUACUUUUGACGAAAGUCUCAUGGAUGAAGAAGAUCUGGAAGCUGAAAACCUUUUAGUGCCAGAUACUUCUUUAGAGGUGGAUAUACUUAGCCAAGAAAGAAGUUCAUACUCCUGGAGUAAAGAACAAGAACCAACAGAUCUUGAUAGAAACGCUCAACAGAUUCAGCUUAUUGAUAUUGAGUACUACUGUCAAUUCAUGUCCGGCGUUACACCUGAAGACACCAAAAAUCUCAAAUAUCAAAAUGCUGUGAAAAGCUUGUACAUUACUCCGGAGAAAGUAUCCGCACCAGUUUUAAAAAUGCUGACAAGCAGCAAUCCUUACGGCCCAAGUCCUGUUGAUAUUUUGCAGAGCUUGACUACAAAAGUGAAAAAUGACGUUUUCAAUUUGGAGCGAGUAGAAACUCUAGGAGAUUCAUUCCUAAAGUUUGCAAUCUCACUAUUUUUAUAUCAAGCUUAUCCGACCUGUGGAGAGGGUCCAUUAACUCAUCUUAAAGGAAAAUUAGUCGGGAAUUUGAAUCUGUUUUACUGCAGCAAGCAAAAAAACAUCGCCGGUCGGAUGCACGUAGAAGAUUUUGCACCGACUGGUAAUUUCGUUACUCCUGCAUAUGCUGCACAUCAAGUCUUGCAGCAAAUUCUAAGAGCUGAAAAGGUUUCGGCAAAUAUACUCUACGAAAUUCGUGUACCCGCCGCAGAAAGGUUCUCUGGUUGCAUUUCAAAUAAUACAACUGAUAUGAUGCAAGAUAAAGUACUCGCAUGGCCAAGUGAUGAAAAGGUGACGCAUACAGGGAUGGAACAUUUUCUCGGUAUUCAAGUAGUCUCGGAUAAAUCGGUAUCAGAUUGUACUGAGGCAUUAAUAGGCACAUACCUACUUCAUUUGGGUAUAAAAGGCGCUUUACAAAUUUUAAAAUGGUUUGAAAUAUUGCCGAAAAGUCUGAAUGUAGACCAGUAUUUAUAUUCAGAAGUAGAAAAUCCUCAAUUAGGCGAUGGCGAUGUUAAUGUACAUAUACCAUGGGCACAGACAAUGGAAGAAAGACUUGGAUACAAAUUUCGUAAUCGGGCAUUUUUACUACAAGCAUUUACACAUCCAUCAUAUAUGCCAAAUCGACAGACAGCAUCUUAUCAAAGAUUAGAAUUCUUAGGAGAUGCUGUGCUUGAUUUCCUGUUAACUAUUCAUAUUUAUGAAACCUGUGGCAAUUUAAGUCCUGGUGAACUAACAGACCUAAGAUCUGCAUUGGUUAACAACAUAACUUUCGCUUGUUUAGCUGUACGUUACGGUUUGCACACUGCUCUUUUAGCAUUGGCCCCAAAACUAUUUGACCUUAUCGACAAAUUCGUCAAAUUUCAAGAAAAUAGAAAUUAUAAGAUAGAUGACGAGUUGUUGUGGGUACUGUUAGAAGAAGAAGAAUGCAAUAUGGCAGAGCAUGUUGAUGUCCCCAAGGUUUUGGGAGACAUAUACGAAUCAGUGAUAGGAGCCAUUUUCUUGGACUCGGGAAAGAAUUUAGAAGUUGUAUGGCAAGUUAUUUAUAACUUGAUGAAAAAUGAAAUUGAUUUAUUUAGUAAAAAUGUACCUAAGCAGCCUAUUCGAGUUAUUCACGAAACUCAAGGCGCCAACCCAAAAUUCUCGUUGGCUCAAUUAGUGGAAAAAUCGUCUACAAUCAUGAUCACUCUAACGGUCACUGUGAAUGGCAAAAAAAAGUUCUUCCAUGGAUUCGGACCAACAAAAAAAUUGGCUAAAUGCGCUGCCUCAAAACAAGCUUUAAAAUAUUUACGUUAUAAGAACUAACACAACUCAUGCUUAUUGCAAAUUUCUAUAUUAGGAUUCUAUCAACAGCAUAAGUUUAAAGUGAUCCUAAAAAAGUAGUCUUACACCUUCUGCAUAUUUAAGGACAAAAUAGUUAUUUAUUCUUCAAACACUAUAUUUGUAUUUUUAAACAUGCACAAAAUGUAGGACUUCCGUAUGUUGAUUAUUUUGUAUACAAUAGGGAACAGACAUGGUUCUGCUAUAUACAUAUAAAUACUUAUAUACAGUAGAAAAUAGCAUAAGAAUACGCUAUGCAUCAAUUUUUUGCUGAUUUAAUACCUCUAGGCCCUAAUACUAAAUAUUGCAGUAAAAAUCGUGAAUCUUGUACUUUUUUGUAAGAUUUAUCCUUAACUUUAUUUUAAAAAAGGUUUUAAAAAUCAUGUCUGUUUCCUAUUUUAUGUAUAUUUAAAGUGCUAAACCAUGCUGUACUCAUGAUGUACAAAUGUGAUACUAUAGCAUGCUAUUGUUAAUAGUAUAUUUCGAGUGUAGAAUCAACUUUUCGCACGUGUAUCGAACGUUAUUUUUUUAUACAGGGGCGGAAAAUGUGCUUUAACGCACGCGGAGCGUGCGUAAAAGCGAAUUUUACGCACACUGUAUCGAAAAUACUGUUAAGCGCAUGGAGUGUGAAAAAUACGUGUGAAUGUUAUAUUAUUGGAAUGUAUUAUUAAAGAUAAUUUAAUUGUUAUAAACAUUGUCAAUUGAAAAACACACUUAAAAAAAAUUGUACUCAGAAUAUGCCUUAUCUAUAACUAUGUUACUAUUCAUGUUCAUAAAUAAUAGACUUUUAUAUACAAGAGAGAAAAAAUGCUUUGCAGUGUAAAUUUAGAAAAACCAUUUAGUUUUUUUUCUCUAAUACAUAAUAUGUUCUUGUCUUCCGUUACUAUUAUGAACACAAAACGCAAUAUUUUGUGUACCGUGAACUGAAUGAACAAUUGGUUCUAUGAAAUUUAGUUUUCUAAAAUAAUUAAGCAAACAUUUAUAAAUCGUGAUGUUUUAUAAAACGUUACUGCUAUAUUUAUUAUCAUUAAGAAUUAAAAUUUUAUUUACAACUAA